AUGGCGGACGGUAUCGAUCGACGAGCUGAUGACCGCAUGGAGUUCAACACCUCCAAGGAGGUGACGGUCGCUCCGACCUUCGAGGACAUGCACCUGAAGGAGAGCCUCCUUCGUGGUAUCUACGCAUACGGUUACGAGUCCCCCUCCGCGGUGCAGUCGCGUGCGAUUGUCCAGAUCUGCAAAGGUCGCGACACCAUUGCCCAGGCGCAAUCUGGUACCGGUAAGACGGCGACAUUCGCGAUCAGUAUUCUGCAGGUUAUCGACACUGUUGUCCGUGAGAGUCAAGCGCUUGUCCUCUCGCCCACUCGUGAACUUGCGACUCAAAUCCAGUCCGUCAUCAUGGCCCUCGGCGACUACAUGAACGUGCAGUGCCACGCCUGUAUCGGAGGCACGAACAUUGGUGAAGACAUCCGGAAGUUAGAUUAUGGUCAGCAUGUUGUCUCGGGUACCCCCGGUCGAGUCGCGGACAUGAUCCGCCGCCGCCACCUGCGCACCCGCAACAUCAAGAUGCUGGUUCUCGAUGAAGCCGACGAGCUCCUGAACCGUGGAUUCCGCGAACAGAUCUACGAUGUCUACCGCUACCUGCCGCCCGCCACGCAGGUUGUCGUUGUCUCCGCCACCCUGCCGUACGACGUGCUCGACAUGACCACUAAGUUCAUGACCGACCCGGUCCGCGUCCUGGUCAAGCGUGACGAAUUGACCCUCGAAGGCAUCAAGCAGUACUUCAUCGCCGUGGAGAAGGAGGAGUGGAAAUUCGACACCCUUUGCGAUCUCUACGAUACUUUGACCAUCACCCAGGCCGUCAUCUUCUGCAACACCCGGAGGAAGGUCGACUGGUUGACGGACAAGAUGCGCGAGGCCAACUUCACCGUCUCCAGCAUGCACGGCGAGAUGCCGCAGAAGGAGCGUGACAGCAUCAUGCAAGACUUCCGUCAGGGUAACUCGCGUGUGCUGAUUUCCACGGACGUCUGGGCGCGUGGUAUCGACGUGCAGCAGGUGUCGUUGGUUAUCAACUACGACCUGCCGACGAACCGUGAGAACUACAUCCACCGUAUCGGUCGAAGUGGUCGUUUCGGAAGGAAGGGUGUUGCCAUCAACUUCGUCACUAGCGACGACGUGCGCAUCCUUCGUGAUAUUGAACUGUACUAUUCUACGCAGAUCGACGAGAUGCCUAUGAACGUUGCCGACCUUCUCUCCUAA